GAUCCGACUUUUCUCCCAUCUGCAGUUGGUGGACCACACAGGUCCGCCUCAAGCACAACCGCCAACGUGGCUGCAGCAGUGGCUCAUCCGGCUUCGAUGCAUCCUGGGUCCGACCCAAUGGGUGCCCCCGCCAGCUUUGCAACGAGAAGGCCACACGCUGCACACCUGGGCAACUUUGAGCUCCCGCCACCACCGAUGCACAAGUACUCGUCCUUCCACAGUGUCAGCGCAACGCAAUCAUCACAAGCUCCGACAACCAUCGCAAGUGUUGGAAAUCUACUCACACCACCGAACAAUAUUCCAGGCGAUGUAUUGAGCCCUUCGUCAGGGGUUUCAGCAAGUGGAGCACACUCAUCCGCGAUGCCUCAAUACGGGAACUAUGUUUACUCUCCUCCUGCUCAGGGGUCAGCACAAUAUGGGUAUGGAGCGAUUUCGCAGCAACAAAACCAAUACAACACUAGAGGGCUUAACCCACCACCAUCAUAUCAAGUGAACCAGCAGCUGCCACCGUUCGCCCCGGCAUCUACUCCACUAGGAGCUGGUUCAAAUCUCACAACCAUGACUGCACAAGAGCAGCAAUCUCACCAUAUGAUGGGUGCACAGACUCCAGUAUCGAGCUCAGCACCGCAACAAUCUCCGGCCCAUACACAAGAGGCUUUCCAACGCCCUCCGCCAACACCGACUUACUACGGCUCUCAGCCUGCAAGCACUCCGCAGCAAUCCACAUUUCCAUACUCGACGGGACCGUCGCCUACCCAGCAGAGUCCGAUCAGCGCAGGACCAAUGCCUAGGAUGUCUCCAGCCGUUUCCCAAGGACAGAUGUCUUCGAUACCAUCCAUGCCUGCACAGUCUCCUCACGCGUAUACUCGGCCUUACGGUGCCUUUCCGCCUCCCCCCCAGCACACGCAUGCCCACACACACGCGCCCGUCUAUUCCAAUAUGGGAAACCCCAACGGCCAGCUCGCACUGGUCGGAGGUAUGCACCCGGGGAUGAUGGCAGGAUUCAAUAGUGGACACGCAGCAAGCAUGCCCCAUUUCCUAGCUCACCCACAUCAACAGCAACAAGCCGCCAAUGACCGACCUUUCAAGUGCGACCAAUGCCCCCAGAGUUUCAAUCGUAAUCAUGAUCUCAAACGACAUAAGCGCAUCCAUCUGGCAGUCAAGCCGUUCCCAUGCACCCACUGCGACAAGAGUUUCUCCCGUAAAGAUGCCCUGAAGCGACAUAUCCUCGUGAAAGGCUGCGGAAAAGCAACGAACAAUGAGGAAAAACGCGAAAGCCACUCCCCCGAUCACAAGGCCGAGGCUCUCGAGAGCAAACCCAUAAUAUCGAGCCACGCAUAGUGCAACUCAUGAAUGAUCAGUUUGCACAACACGCCCUUUAAUUCGCUUCCCUUGUAUUAACUAUCGUUUACGUGGACAUGUCAACGAGCCUCUCGGAUACGUUUUGAAAG